AUGAAUCUACGCGAGUAUAUCUCAAAUUCUGAAGAAGUAAAUUCAAGAAUUCCAUAUUCCGACAAACUCCAAUCUGGAUCAAUGAAAAUACUAGGAGUUGAUUACAAUACUAUAACAGACAACUUUACUGUGAGAACAAAGUUUGUUCACAAUAAAAAAUUAACUAAGAGAGAUGUCGUGAGCCAAAUUAAUUCCAUUUACGGCCCAAUAGGUCUCACAGGACCGCUCAUGGUUAAACUGAAGUCCAUGAUGCGAGAAAUCUUCGAUUCAAAAGUGGACUGGAAAACUCCACUCGAUCAAAAGAUAUGCGACGAAUGGUACAAAUUGUGUAAAGAAGUAGAUCUAGCAACAUUAUCAAUUCCUAGGUACGUACUAUCACCCAGAGUAGGUGACCAAAAACGCCUUUGGUUGUUCGCAGAUGCAAGCAGGAUUGCAAUCGCAGCUUGUUCAUACUUACAGUGUGUCCCCUCUGGCACAAUUUCCGGCCUGAUCUGUGGAAGGACGCGAUUGACCCCCAAAAAGUUACAUCAGACUAUCCCAAAAUUAGAGUUGCUCGGAAUCCUUAUAGCAGCGAGAUUAGGAUGCAGCAUAUUAUCAGCUGUCCAAGCAAAAAUCGAAGAAGUGAACAUAGUUUCGGACAGUGAAAUUGCCUUGUACUGGAUCAAAUCUUCAAAAAAAGUUCCUGUUUUCGUGGCAAAUCAGCGAGCAAAAAUACUUAGUAUUAAACAGCAGCUCGAUAAUCGUGGUGCUACGGUCAAAUUUUUCCAUGUUAGCACCGAAAACAAUCCAGCUGAUGCUGGAACGAGAGGUCUGACAGCACAAGAAAUUAUCGAGAACGACUGGAUCAAAGGACCACGCUGGCUAGAAAAUCACUGCAGCGAGUGGCCUAUCAAGUCGAUAAACACACUAUCUGACGUCCAUGAGAAUGACGAAAUAGAAACAAUGGUUACUACUACAUUGAAAGUAACCACGUCAGAAAACAAACAACAAGAACAGCUUAUUGAUCUCAAGCGUUUUUCGAAAAUCGACAACGUGCUACGUGUGCUAGCAAAGACUGCAAAAACAAUGAAAAAUUGGGUUGCAAAAACCAAUCAAAAUCGCUCGUCACCGAUAAAAGUAUCAGAAGUCGACAAAUUUGAUAACGUGUUCGAAAUAACCGCAUCAGAUAUGGUCAACGCGGAACGCCUUCUAAUUAGCCAUGAACACAGAAGCAUUAAUCUUGACGCUCUAAAAAAGCGAUUUCAUGAUAAACUGAUUAUUCGCGACGAAGACGGAAUCAUUCGGCACCACUCCCGCCUUCAAAAUGCCUCAAUUCCGUAUGACACAAAGUCACCGAUUUAUAUCCCAGAAGACUCGGAAUUAUCCAGGCUGAUCGUGCAGGACAUUCACAUCAAAAAUGGUCAUUCUGGCAAAGAGCACACUCUUGGUUGCGUCAUUUGCAAAAAAUACCAAGGUCUUCCCUUAGGAGCACCGAUCAUGCCUCCACUACCGAAGGACAGGGUCAUAAAGUCCAGACCAUUUCAAAAUGUCGGAUGUGACUUCAUGGGUCCUUUCACUUCAAAAACUCUCGAGAAAAUGUACGUGUGUUUAUACACAUGCCUUACAACUCGAGCACUACACUUGGAAGUGGUAGAAAAUCUUUCGGCAGGAGCAUUCCUCAAUUGUUUCGUGAGAUUCGUCUCGCGCAGAGGAGUUCCAGAGAUUGUCCGCUCAGAUUGCGGAACCAACUUCAAGCUUGGUGAAGUCAUUAUCACAAAGAUGUUCUGCGAACUCAACGAGAAUGGUCGAUCUCUUAUGUCGUAUUGUGCAUCCCAACGAAUAAACUGGAUCUUCAAUCCUCCUGGAUCCCCCUGGAUGGGUGGUGCAUGGGAACGACUAGUCGGUUUAACCAAGAAAGCGUUUAAUAAAUCAAAAGGGCGCAAACGCUUGAGUUUUGCAGACAUGUGCACCGUGAUCACUCGAAUUGAGGCGAUUCUAAACACAAGACCUCUCACGAAACUGAACUCCAGUGAUAUUGCAGAGAUACCAUUGAGGCCCAUUGAUUUUUUGAAGGGAAAUUUCAACUACUCGCUUCCGAACGACAAAGUUGCAAACGUAUCGGGCGAUCCUGACUACGAUCCUAAUCUCAUCCAAACAGAAAAACAGGCACUUGAAGCAUUUCAAACAACAGAAAUGAUAGCCAAUAAAUUCUGGGAGAAAUGGAAUGUUGAAUAUCUGACCUCAUUAAGAGAAACACAAAAAAUCAACCACAAACUGUGUGAGUGGGUGACUAGAGACUUUAGGGUAUUUUAUAACCCUAUUUGA